GGCAUAUGUAGAUAUAUAAGGUUAGAACCGAUCCCAUUUAGUUUUGUAACAACUUACCGUUGUGCAGUUAUCUCUAUAGUCUAUAUAGGUGCCUAUUGUUGUUCUAUUAAACAUAUUUUGUGCGUUUAUAAAUUAACAUAAUGGCUAAGAUUCUAUUUUUGAUCUCCGUAAUUUUUCUAAAUUCUUACUUAACGGAACAAGCAAAUAUAAUACAAGGUGACAAGGUCGAGAAAAACAGGGGCAUAGUAACAGAUUUAUCGAAGAUAUUUUUGGAAACGAGAGGAGUUGAAGCCGCUACUAAAUCAAAUAUGAUGUACAAAACCCGCAAUCCCAAGUACGUGAUCGACAACCGGGAUUACAAAGAAUUCGACGCGAGAAAACGAUGGCCGAAAUGCAAAACAAUUGGUGAAGUCCACAAUGAAGGAAACUUCGCAUUUGGUUGGGCUUAUGCCGCGGCUGGGGUAUUGGCAGACAGAACGUGCAUAGCGACUAAUGGAGGUUACAAUAAACUCCUCUCUACCGAAGAGCUAAUUUCCUGCAGUGGUAUAAAAGAGACUAACGGUAACGUUAAUGAACGCUCAAUUUGGGAAUAUUUGAAAAGUCACGGCGUGGUGUCCGGUGGCAAAUACAACUCUAACGAUGGAUGUCAACCUUUUAAAUUUCCACCAAUUGCUAACAUACUAACACAUUUACAACAUACAUGCGACGACCACUGUUACGGUAAUACAUCGAUCAAUUACAACCAUGAUCACGUGAGAGUUAGAAACUACUAUACUAUAAGAACAGGAUACAUUCAAAAAGAAGUGCAAACUUACGGUCCAGUCGCAGUACAGUUCAAGGUUUGCGACGACUUUCUUCUUUACAAAAGUGGUGUUUACGUAAAAUCCGAUAAUGCGAAAGUGAUACGAACUCAAUAUGCCAAGUUAAUUGGAUGGGGAGUCGAAAAUGGUGUUGACUAUUGGUUGGUAAUCAACUCUUGGGGACAUGAAUGGGGACAGAAGGGACUAUUCAAAAUAAAAAGGGGCACAAAUCAAUGCGGUGUCGAAAGUGUUGUUUAUGCAGGUGUACCUGAAAUAAAAUAAUAUUGUGUUCUUAUAAAAUAAUAAUAUUUGUCAUUUUAAGUCACAUUUCAAACAACAUUCAAAUACUUACAAACAAAUUAUUCGACUAUGUAUUUAAUAAAUUAGCUUUUAUUCAACGUUUACUGUUAUUUUAACAAUAAUAAAACUGUAUUAUUGCAUUGAAAAUUUAA